CACAUUGCAAGAUCUUUCAAGUCCCCUAACAUCAUGGACAAGUGUAGGGGAUGGCAUACAUGUGAGCUGCCUCGCUCUCCGGAUGAGCUUUCCCAGGCCAGAGAAGUCAUCAUUAGAGCCGUUCAGAGGAAAGCAUUUGGAAAGGAAUUUGAAGCUCUAGAAAGAGACAAGCCAAUUCCUCUAAACAGUUGUCUACGUCGUCUCAACCCUAUCUUGCAGAAUGACCUCAUCUGCAUUGGUGGCCGUCUGAAAAACGCAAACGUAGAGAUUAAACAAAAGAACCCUGUAAUUCUCCCAAAAGACAACCAUGUUUCCUUACUGUUCAUCAGACACCAUCAUACCCAAGUAAAACAUCAGGGUCGCCAUUUAACAGAAGGCGCUGUGAGAGCUGCAGGACUUUGGAUCUUGGGAGGUAAAAGGCUCAUUAACUCAACUCUUCACAAAUGCGUGACCUGUCGUAGACUCAGAGGUCGGAUGCAGGAGCAACUAAUGGCGGAUUUACCACCUGAGCGUCUCAAGGCCUGCCCUCCCUUCACGUAUGUAGGGCUAGAUGUCUUCGGACCAUGGCACAUCACUACCAGACGUACAAGAGGAGUUCAGCCUGAGAGCAAACGUUGGGCCAUAUUAUUCUGUUGUAUGAGCUCCAGGGCGGUUCACAUUGAGGUGAUUGCCUCAAUGGACACCUCAAGCUGUGUCAAUGCCUUAAGGCGUUUCUUUGCCAUAAGAGGACCAGCCAAACAACUGAGGUCAGAUUGUGGCACAAAUUUCAUUGGGGCCUGCAGAGAACUCGGGAUGAGCGCAGAACAACCAGACACCACUGUGCAGAGGUACCUAAACCAACAAGGAUGCUCUUGGGUGUUUAACCCACCUCAUGCUUCGCACAUGGGUGGUGCAUGGGAACGCCUCAUUGGAGUGGCUCGAAGGAUCCUGGAGUCAAUGCUUCUUGAACAUGGCACUCGCCUGACUCAUGAAGUCUUGUGCACUCUAAUGGCAGAGGUGGCAGCAAUUAUGAAUGCAAGGCCUCUGGUUCCAGUUUCAAAUGAUCCAGAAGAUCCAUUCAUUCUCACACCAUCUAUGCUGUUAACUCAGAAAGUCGGCACUCCACCUCCUCCAGGAGACUUUACGGACAGAGACCUCCUAACCAAGCAGUGGAGAUAAGUACAAGCCUUGUCCAACAUGUUCUGGCGCCGUUGGAGACAAGUGUACUUGUCAACCUUACAAGGCCGGAAGAAAUGGACCAAAUCUCACCAAAAUCUGCAAGAAGGAGAUGUCGUCCUCCUCAAGGACAACCAAGUUGUCCGCAACAGCUGGCCUAUGGCGAUAGUCACAAAGGCUAUUCCUGGAAAAAUUCCGGGAAAGUCCGUAAGGUGGAAUUGAAGACCACAGAUCAAGGACAUUCAAAAAAGUACCUUAGACCAGUGACAGGACUUGUUUUGCUUCUGAGUAGAGAGUGAUGUUCAUCUGUUUAGUUAAUACAUAACUUGUUUGUGUAGUGACCUCCCAGAUGUCAGGCGGGGAGUGUGUUGCCAUUAAGGCAAAAUGUUAGGGACUUUUAAUUUGAUAUGAUGUAGACCUGGAGUUUGGGGUUAGAGGUUAUUUCCUGUACAGAAGUAAGGAAGCUGACAGAAUGUGAGCACAUGUAAUCCAUUUGUUGUUAGCACUAGAGGCAAUGUCUUUUCACUCUGUCAUGUAAGAUGAUGUUGAAGCCACAGUAAACAGCAAGAAAUCGCUCACUACGACUUGUCGUCAUUUUGCAUCAGAGUUAGCUGGUUGUAUAGCUACAGUUGCUACACUGCAGUGAGGACAACACACU